AUGAGUGCUCCACCAACGAUACCUCCACGCCCAGCGCGGGCCCAGAACAGCUCUUCUCCUGCGCAGGGUACCCAUAUGGAUGUUCCCAAGAUCCCCCCACGCCCGAAGCGCGGUGUCGAACGCUCCGUCUCUCCCGCUGGAGACAGAUACGCCCGCUCCCCGCUCAACGACCCGACCUACGUACACGGUGGACCGCCUAGAGAGGGCGGUCGCCUCAGCACCGAUCUGCCCUCCCGCCCACCGAGCGUGUCCAUGCCCUCUCUCGGAGAAGAAGGCAAUGAAUACGCCAGCUUCGAAGACCUGUCAAAGACCCUCACACCGGAGAACCAGGGCGGCUCUCCACAACAUAUGAAGAACGUGGCAGGAGACUUGCCUCUGCAUGCUCCUACAGCCUCGGUCCCAAGCUCAACCGCCAAAAGUAGGAUCCAGGCGGUGACGCGGACCGAUUCACAGACAGCGCUCGCUGCUGGCGUCGGCUCGCAGCUGUCCGUCGACGAUAGGGUCUCUCAGGCCAAGACUGGACGUUCAGGAUCUUCCGCUGGAUCGCGCCCCAGCUCGCUCUACAACGACAAGGACGAGCAUGGCAUUCCUGAAAUUGGUGUUCAGGUACCCAUGUUCCGAAAUGCUGGAGACGUUCAAGCUCCCAGCCCUUCGCCCUACGCGCAACAGCCCGGAGCGCAAGGAAUAGGUUUCCACCAGAAGGCCGGUAGUCGCCAUCACGGGCGCACCAAGAGCGGCCGUGAAAUCUUCCACGGGCCUCCUGGCAGCUACGGCAUGCACGGCCACGGCAAGAUCUCAACAGACGACUUUGAGCAGAAGUGGUACGAAAAGCACCCGGACGAUCUGAAGCGCGAGAAGGCCGGCGAGUACGGUCCUCACAUCCAGGAGAACAGGAAGGAUUACCACUGGCGUGCCGAUAACCUCGACAAGCUGGUACACACUAGGGCUCAGGAUGUUGGGAUGGGUACGAGUCGGGAUGCAGUCAGUACACCCGACGAACAGAUUGGCUACAGGGCCACAGAGGAAUAUGCUUCGCGCAUGGCCUCUCCUCGACCACAAUCAUCGGGUCGCCCUGCUUCAAUCAAGGGCGGCUACGUCGACUCACCCCUCCGUAACGAAGCGGGCCAAGAGGUCAAUGACAAAGGCGAGGUCAUCCACAUCGACCCUCCUGCGCAUCGCUCCAGCAAGGUUCACGGCGGAGGCUACGAUCCACCAACCGAAGACCUUGGCCCCGAGGGCGGAAACACAGCUGAGAAAGGUGGAUGGGUUACUGAGCGCGGAUAUGGCACGCCCAUUCUAGCUUCCGAUGAGCUGAAGAAACACCCAGACGCCGAAUGGAGACAGCCUGCUGUAUCGCCUGAAAUGGAGCGCCAUGGCAACGAAUACACGCUCAAUGAAGAUGGCAACCCGCAAUAUGUCACAAAGCCGCGCACGCACAGCAGGAGCUCGAGUCGGAACAACAGCACGCAGCAGCAACGUGUCAUUCCCAGCCCAGCACAAUACGAUCGUGGCAGUACUCCACUAGAAUCGCACAAGGAGUAUGAGCCCCUGUUUCCGGAGGAUGAGGAGGACACCAAGAAGCCCAAAUCUCAGGUCGACAAGCUCAAGCGUCCCAGUGUCGCCCGACACCACUUUCCCAGUCAAGAUGUCUGGGAGGAUACCCCUGGCAGCUUACAGCUCGAAACUACUGUUGAUACUCCUCAAGAGCCAGAAGAGCCAAAGACUGCUGGUGGUAACGAUAGCGUGAGUCCUGCGAAGGUCUUUGAAGACCCGAACACCGAGGAGCAGCGUAAGACUCAGAUCAACAAGGAAGAUCAGAAGUCUUUUCUCCCCGACCACACUAGACAGUUCGCCGCAGACAACAAGAUCCUCGGAAAAGUACGUGACGAGACCAUGGGCCGCCCUGGAAUGCAGCAACGCUUCCCAAGUCAAGAUAUCUGGGAGGAUGCACCAUCCCACGGAUUAUACGAGACUACUGUUAGCACACCUCAGAUGGAGGAUACGAAUGAGUAUGCCGACGACUCCCCAAUUGACCAAAAGCCCCCGGUGCCGGCUCGCCCCAGUAUUCCGGCACGACCAGCCAAGAGGGAACCAUCUGCCGAUGACAAGAAAGCACCCAUUAUCCCAGACCGACCGAAGCCACAGAUACCUGCACGCCCAAGCAAGCCAUCUACUGGCUCAGCGGAGAAGGUUCCAACUGUCGACUCGCAGACUGGCGAGAACGACUCCCCCCAGACGAAGGCGAAACCGCCCGUUCCCGCCCGACCUGCUGGCUCGAAGAUUGCGGCUCUCCAGGCUGGUUUCCUGAAAGACCUCAACAGCAAACUUGGAGUUGGCCCUCAUCCACCGCCUAAGGUGCGUGAACCCGAGGAAGAAGAAGAGGCGCAAAGAGAAACAGCACCACUUCCAGAUGCUCGCAAGGGUAGGGCCAAGGGUCCGCAACGAAGGAAGCCUGCUGCAUCUCCGUCACCCGCUGCUGCCGCUACUGUUACUGCUGAAGUUGCUGUACCAAGGCAGUCGUUGAGUUUCGGCCCUGUGACACACGUCUGGAGUUUUGGACAGGAUGGUAAUCUUGAGGUGCCUGCUGCAAAGAUGGCAGCUCAGAUUCAGCAGUCACUCAGUGCUUCGACCAAGACGGCCGAACCUACUCUCACUGAGGGUGAAGCGGGUCGGAAUGUUGCAGCAGAACCAAAAGAGCCCGAGCUUGCACAGAUUACGUCAAAGGAGGAGAGUGAGUCUACUUCAGCGACCGAAGCGGUCAAGGAGAAAGCUCCAUCAACUCUUGAGCAAGCCACUUCUCAAGUGUCGGAAGCGUUCGGAUCAGUUGCUUCCAAGGUAUCAUCUGCCCUCUCGCCAGAAGAACCCUUAGUCUCCAAAACUGCACCCGGUUCUACCGAUGCGCCCGGUGCAUUCCCUGGUUCUGGUCCGGACCUAGACAACGAGGCUGAUGUGAAGGGUGCACCUUUGGAGCAAAAGCAAUCUCAGGACAAGCCCGUCAGUGUUUCCGCUGAGGAGAAGAAGGUUGAUGAAACUACCUCGCUGAAGGAGGGUGAGAGUUCCUUGUAG